AUGACAAGUAAAAGACUUGAGGAGUCCAUGGGGGGUGUGCAGAUGGGGCUAGUCAGAGUGUUUAAAGGAUUACAGAGCAAAGUUUUGCCACCCAGGAGUCCAAAGGUGGUUACAGAAGAGGAAGUAACCCGAAUGCUGACACCCUCGGAGUUCCUGAAGGAGAUGUCCCUCACCACGGAGCAGAAAUUGGCAAAUACUCGCAUCAUAUGUCGGCCACAGAUCAUCGAACUCUUAGAUAUGGGAGAAACAACUCAUCAAAAGUUUUCAGGAGUUGACUUGGAUCAAGCCUUAUUCCAGCCCUUUCCAUCUGAAAUCAUCUUCCAGAACUAUGUUCCCUGUGAAGUCUAUGAAGUUCCCUUGGUUCUGAGGAACAACGACAAAAUUCCAAGGAUGGUGAAAGUUGUUGAGGAAAGUUCACCUUACUUCAAAGUUAUCAGUCCCAAAGAUACUGGCCACAAAGUAGCUCCAGGAGUUCCAUCCGUGUUCCGAAUCCUCUUCACACCAGAGGAGAACAAGGAUUACGCCCAUAUGUUGACCUGUAUUACUGAAAGAGAAAAGUUUAUUGUGCCCAUCAAAGCUAGAGGUGCUCGAGCUAUCCUGGAUUUUCCUGACGAGCUGAAUUUUUCCACUUGCCCUGUCAAAUACAGCACUCAGAAGACGCUGCUGGUCCGAAACAUUGGCAACAAAGAUGCUGUGUUUCACCUCAAAACUUGCAGGCCUUUCUCCAUAAAACCAACUGACGGAAUUCUUAAUAUAGGAGAGUCCAUGCAAUUGGAAGUAGACUUUGAGCCACAGAGUGUGGGCAACCACGAUGGAAGACUCAUUGUGAGUUAUGACACAGGUGAAACAGUAUUUGUGUGUCUCUAUGGAGCUGCCAUAGAUGUGAACAUAAGGUUGGACAAGAAUUCCUUGAUCAUGGAGAAAACCUACGUAUCUCUGGCCAAUCAGCGGAGUAUAACCAUUCACAACCGCAGCAAUAUCAUUGCCCAUUUCCAAUGGAAGAUAUUUGAUACCCAAGAAGAGGAAGACAGAGAAAAGUAUAGGGUCUGUGAUUAUCUGAGCAAAGAGGAAAAGCAAGAAACUGACACAUUUCUUGAAGAAUGCAUCUUGGACCCUUCGCUCCGAGAGCGUCUUUCCAUUCUCUCCCGCACCUUUGAGAAUCAGAGGAACCUGGUUCAAGGAGACAGCAUGCUCUUCCUGAGUAACAUUUUCACAAUUGAGCCGCUGGAAGGUGAUGUCUGGCCCAACUCAUCAAUUGAAAUCACUGUGUACUUUAACCCUCUAGAAGCCAAGCUCUACCAGCAGACUGUUUACUGUGAUGUUUCAGGCCGAGAGAUCCGCCUACCCCUCCGAAUCAGAGGAGAAGGAAUGGGACCCAGGAUUCACUUCAACUUCGAGUUGCUGGAUAUUGGCAAAGUUUUCAUUGGCUCCACACACUGUUACGAGGCAAUCCUGUGCAACAAAGGCAGCAUCGAUGCCCUCUUCAACAUGAUACCCCCAACUUCAGCCUUAGGGGCUUGUUUUGUUUUUGAUCCCAAAGAAGGCAUCAUUGGACCUGGUGGAGUCCAGGCUGUCCAGAUCUCCUUCAGUUCUGAUAUCUUGGGGCACUUCGAAGAGGAGUUCCUGAUUGAUGUCAACAGGGCCCCGGAGCCUGUGAAACUGACCAUUAGAGGCUGUGUCAUUGGACCUACUUUCCACUUUAAUGUCCCUGCUUUGCACUUUGGUGACGUUUCCUAUGGAUUUCCUCAUACAUUGAUGUGUUCCCUCAAUAAUACAUCAUUGGUCCCCAUGACCUUCAAACUGCGUGUGCGUGGGGAUGGCGAUGGCUUGAAAAGCAUCCCAAGUUACUCACCUGAGUCAGACAGCAAAAGACAGUCCUGGAUCAAUACAGAAGUACCUACUACAAAACCAAAAGAAUUCACCAUCACUCCCAGCAGUGGCAACAUUCGUGCCCAGGGGUUCACUGCUAUCAAGGUGACUCUGUGCUCCAACACUGUGCAGAAAUAUGAGCUGGCACUGGUGGUAGACGUGGAAGGUGUUGGACAAGAAGUGCUUGCGCUCUUAAUUACAGCCAGGUGUGUUGUGCCUACCCUCCAAUUGGCUACUCCAGAGGUGAACUUUGGACACUGCUUCCUAAAGUAUCCCUAUGAGAAGACCAUUGAGCUUGUCAAUCAUGAUGACCUCCCAGGAUGCUAUAAGGUCCUGCCUCAGGUGUAUGAUGAGACUCCACCUUCUGUACUACUUUCCAGUCCUGCCCCCUGUGGGAUCAUCUCCCCUCACAGCACCGUACACAUACCACUGGCCCUGGAGACCCAGGUCAAUGGAGAGCACAGAUCCACAGUUUACAUAUCAGUCUUUGGGAGUCAGGACUCUCCUCUGGUAUGUCAAGUUCAAAGUAUUGGAGAAGGUCCUGUUAUCUUCAUACAUCCCACUCAAGUUGAUUUUGGCAGUAUCUACGUCCUGAAGGACUCUUUCAGGAUUCUCCAUCUAUCUAACCAGUCCUUCAUCCCUGCAUCAUUUCGAGCUCACAUGGCAAGCAAAAAAUCCCUUUGGACAGUUAAACCCAGUGAAGGCACGGUUCCUGCAGAAGAUGACAUUUCACUGACCCUGACUGCCAACCUGAAUGACAUAGUGACAUUCAAAGACACAGUCAUUUUGGAUAUUGAACACGGCAACACCUACCGGAUUCCUGUCCAGGCUACAGGAAUUGGAUCUACUAUUGUUUCAGAUAAGCCCUUUGCUCCAGAACUCGAUUUGGGAGCACAUUUUUGCCUGGAUACCCACUAUUACCACUUCAAGUUGACCAAUAAAGGACGAUGCGUUCAGCAAUUAUUCUGGAUGAAUGGUGAUUUCCGCCCCCAGGACAAGCUAAAUAAGAAGGAACCAGUUAAAAGGGGACCUGCUAGUGGACAUCCCAAGUCCAAGGUCUCCAAAACACCUCCAGAUCCAGGGAACCCCGUGUUUCAGCUCCACCCAGUCAGGAUGGAAUUGUACCCAGGCCAAACGAUCGACGUAGUACUCAAAGGCUAUUCUGCUACUCCUAGGAAAGUCAAAGAAAAGCUAGUGUGCCAUGCCAUCGUUGGGGCCCAGAAAGGGACAAGCUUGUUGAUGUCCGUGAAUGUCAUCUGUGAAUUCAUAGCACCUCUUAUCCAGCUCUCUACCAGACAGCUUCUAUAUCGACUGGAGAAGAAGCCUAACACUGUCCUGGAACCCGAUUACCAGCCCUUGGCUGUAAAGAACAUUACCACCCUUCCUGUCCAUGUGUUGCUUUCAACAACUGGACCCUUCUUCAUAUGUGAGACUGACAGAUCUUUGCUGCCCGCAACUCCUAAGCCUAUAAAACUGGAGGUUGAUGAAGAAAAAAACCUAUUGGUCAAGUUUGACCCUUCCUACAGAAAUGAUCUGAACAACUGGGUAGCUGAAGAAUUCCUAUCAGUUAAGUAUGUGGAACAUCCUCAGAUAGACAGCCUGUGCCUGCGUGGAGAAGUGUAUUACCCCAACCUCAGCUUUGAGAUGAUGGAGGUGAACUUUGGCUGUAUCCUGAAUGACACUGAGGUCAUUCGCUACGUUACGAUCACCAACUGCAGCCCGUUGGUUGUGAAGUUCCGCUGGUUCUUCCUGGUGGAUGAUGAUGAAAAUCAGAUAAGGUUUGUGCCAUGCGUCAAGCCCUACAGUGCCUUCAUGUCCCAAACGGAGUCAAUCCCAGAAACCUCUGUAACUACCAGCUCGCCAGCAGCCCCAGUUAUAAUAGAUUCCACUGACAUGGAUUUCAGUGAUUCUAUUAAGACUAUCCUUAUAGAUGAUGAAGCUGGACCUGAAGAAAGAGAAAUAAAAAAACCCACAGCAUCCACCAUGGCCUCAGAGGAAAUAAAAUACAGCUCUGCUGGAACAGAAAGAAGCCAGAGCCAGGCAGACUUCCCAGAAUCCCUGUGGAUCUUUGAACAGGAGGAGAUGCUUUCCAUUGGGAUAGAAGAGGUCUUUGACAUUUUGCCGCUCUAUGGAGUUCUGCAGCCACACAGCAGCCAUCAGAUCUCAUUCACCUUCUAUGGACACUGCAACAUCAUUGCACAGGCCAAGGCUCUGUGUGAAGUAGAAGGAGGGCCCACCUACGAAAUAAUCCUGAAGGGAGAAGCGUCCCUGGUCAACUACUCCUUCAAUACCAAGGAUAUUAACUAUGGAUUGCAGCUGUUUGACCACAUCACAGAGCGUGAAAUCACACUGAAGAACAUUGGAAAGGUUGACUUUGAGUUCAAGGUUCUUACUAACUACCAGUCUUCACCACAGAACCUUCUCCCUGGAGAGCCUCUCAUCCUGCCUCUGUCGGGUUUUGUCAGUUCAAAUAACGAACAAGUGUUGAGAGUGUUCUACUUACCUGGAAUACCGGAGGUCUUUCAAAGGAGCUUCCAGAUACAAAUCGCUCACCUGGACCCAGAAAAUAUCACUCUCCAUGGAGAGGGCAUCUUUCCCCGAAUCAGCCUUGAUCUCCCUAGGAACCUCCGAGGCAAUGAAAAAUAUGAAAGCUUCUUGGAUCAGGCAAGAAAAAACAUAGAAAAAGAGUACAAUAAAUACGAAGGUAUUGAGCACUAUGAGAUGAUAACUGAAGAAAUUCCUGAGGAGGAAUCUACAGAGUUAAGUGCUCAUAUCCAGAUGGAAGUAGAGCGACUUAUAGUCCAAGACUAUGCCCUCGAACACCAGAAAACACUCACCCCCAAUUCCACGGAUGACACUUGCUUCAGCCAUCGGAACCACUACAAACUAGCCAAAGUGCAGCUGCCCGAGUAUAUCCUGGACUUCGGCUACAUUGUGCUGGGUGAUGUCAGAACCCACAUCAUCAAGAUAACCAAUACCAGUCAUGUCCCAGUGUCCUUCCAUGCAGAAAAGCAUGUGCUUCGUGGCACAGGUUUCAGCACCGAGCUAGACCGCGUAAAGAAUCUACCUUACUGUGAGACAGAAACAUUUGAAGUCAGAUGUGAUCCACAGGGGGUUAAUCUUCCUGUGGGGAACAAACAAGUCGUUCUGCCCAUCAAGGUGUUUGGAGGACCAACCAUCCACAUCUGCCUCAAAGCCACAGUGACCAUUCCAAGUAUGACACUGUCUUGUGGGAAAGUCGAAUUUUCCACUAUUCAGUGUGGACAGUGCAUGGUGGAAACUAUUCAGCUUUCUAAUCAUCUUCACGUCCCUUGUGAAUGGUUUGUCUAUACCCCAAAGCCCUCUAACAAGAUGGAGAAAUAUAUCCCAAAAUACUUAAGACAGAAGCUACAAACUAAGUUGACACCAAAGUCUCAGAUCUUUGAGAUCCAGCCCACUUCUGGAAUCUUGGAUCCUAAUGAAAGGUCCAACGUGCAAGUGAAAUUCAUGCCAAAAGAAGAGAAGUUCUACAGCCAAACCCUGCUGUUCCAGAUUGGUCAGAGCACUCAGCAGCUUGUGCUGCUGGCACAGGGGCAAGGUCUGGAGCCACGCCUGGAAUUCAGCCCUUCAGUUUUAGAACUGGGGCCACUGCUGCCUUAUGCAACUGGAGAUGAGGCCAAGGUGAUUGUGAGGAAUCCCUGCACCUUCCCAAUUGAGUUUUACUCCGUAGAAUUUGACCAACAGUAUCUCUUAGAAGAGAAGAUGUUGCGACAACUGAAGGACUAUGAUUCCUACAACACCCUGCUGCUGCCUCCCCGCAACCCUGGGGAAAACCUGCCCCAAGAAGUAUACGAGUACUUUAAGGAAGUGGAGAAGUCAAAAGAAGAGCAGUUGAAGGCAAAAUAUAUGGAGACUGUGACACAGGAUAACGAGGAGGAAGAUAUGCCCACAUCAGAUCAGGGAACCUCCACCAGCACAAAGAGGACAUCAAUUAGCCGAGGGAUCUCUGCCACACCCAACCUGGAAGAGCGCCACUUUAUGACUGAUUCCAAGAGCUACCCAGAUGAAGAUGAGGAUGAGGAAAGCCUGAAAAAACUAACAUUUCAAACUAACAAGAUCCAGAGCACUGAUAGCCAAUCUGCAGAGGAAGUUGGAGAGGUAGAAAAUAACCCAGUGAAUAAAGCAAUUGCUCGCCACCUGGGCAUCGACAUUUCUGCAGAAGGCCGCCUGGCCAAGAACCGGAAAGGUAUCGCCAUUAUCAUCCAUGGAACACCCUUGUCAGGAAAGACAGCCAAUGCCAUCAGCAUGGCCAAGUACUACAAUGCAGCCUGCUUGAACAUUGACUCUGUUGUCCUGGAAGCCAUGUCAGACAGCAACAACAUCCCAGGGAUUCGGGCCCGGGAGCUCUGCAUCAGGGCUGCCAUAGAGCAGUCCAUGAGGGAAGGAGAGGAGUCAACCCAGGAGUCUUCAAUAACCCAAAACAUCGGGGCACCGUCACAACUGAGCACUGAGAACUUAGGAAAGUUUACCUCAGAACUCACCCUAGUGGCCUCAGAAUUCAAAACUGGAAAGAAUGCACGUGGGAGUGGACUGUUCCCUAAAGGCAAGGCAGAGAGCCACUGGUCUGGGUCUCAGAAGCAGCAGCACCAGCACCAGUCUGAAACACCACAGAUCCCCUCCAGCCCUCUCCUCCAGGGGCCUACCCAGCGCCAGCUCAGUGUCAGCACCAGUAUCGGAGGGGAGACAGGGCUGAUGAGCUGUGUGCUCCCUGAUGACCUUCUUAUCCAGAUCCUGGCUGAGAGGAUACAGCUGAGCGACUGCUUCCAAGGGGUGGUGUUUGAUAGCCUGGACACACUGUUUGCUCGGAGUGCACCGGCUGCCCUCCUCUGCUUACUGAAGGCCAUCGGCAGCCGGGAGCACAUUUACGUUCUCAACAUGGCCCAGGAUUACAUAGCCAUGAAGGCCCAGGAGAAAGCCAAAAAGGAGCUAGAAGAGCACAAAUGCAAGGAAGCUGUUGAGAAAGAGAAGGAGCGGCUCCAAACAUUGGAUGAGGAAGAAUAUGAUGCCUUAACGCCAGAAGAGAAAAUCAGAUUUGACCGAGAGGUUCGGAAGGCACUCCGGGAGAGGAAGAAGAGGGAGCAGGAAAGGCUGGCCAGGGAGAUGCAGGAGAAGCUGCUGCAGCAGGAACUCGAGCGGCAAAAGGAAGAAGAUGAGCUGAAACGAAAGAUCAAAAAGCCGAAGCCGGGCCCCAUGAAGGAGGAGCCCCCCGUGAAGAAGACCCAAGCCUUCACAAAUAAGCAGGUUCCCCCCGCUGCCAAAGCAGAACUCAGUAUGGACUCAAUAGAGAGGAAAGUUUCUGUCAGAGAGCAGCCAGCAGUUGACAGGGACGAACCAAGCAAGAAGAAACCUGUGGUUGAUAACAUGCUUGGGUUUCCUGUCGGUCAGGAGCAAGAGGACAGCGAAGGGGACUUCCUGAAGGAGGCUGACAAGCAAUUGGCACAGAAAUUUAAAAUCUACGACUUGUGUCUGAAGGAUGUCCAAAACACCCUCACAUUCUGGGACCGGAAGCAAGGAGUCCAGAUGCCUCCUCCAGGGAUGGAGGAGGUGUCCCAUGAGCCUGAUGACCAGCGCCAGGCUCCCUCCGGUGGUGGUGGGCGUAGGGGCCGCAAGGACCGGGAGAGGGAGCGCCUCGAGAAGGAGAAGGCAGAGAGGGAGCGCCAGGAGAGGGAGAAGGCAGAGAGGGCACGGCUGGAGAAGCUUCGGGCCAUGGAGGAUCGCAGCGAUGGGGAAAUAGAAGCCGCUGAAGAGGAGCAGGAAGGGAAGAAGGACCUAGGGGUGCCGUUUAUCCACAUCCAGACUCCUGACUUUGAUGGUGUUAGCUGGAAGCACGCCCUGGAAAGCAACAAGCUGCCCAGGGGAGAUCAGAUCCUGGACAUCUUGGGCCUAGGGUCCUCUGGACCACCCAUUCCACCGCCUGCUUUGUUCUCCAUCAUCUCUUAUCCCCCAAAGCGGCAAUCUUUGGUUGUCACAGAUGUCCUGAAACACUUUGUGUUCGUGGUUCCCCCAAAUGAUGAGCAUGCUCUGUUAGACAAGAAAAAGGAAUUAGGAGACUCGGAUCUCUUCCUCAACACCAUGGCACCCAAGGUUCAAGAGGAACAGCCUGUGUCAUCUAAGGGAAGCAAACAGAAAUUGAAAGAAAAACCAGAACAAGUCCGUGAGACUCGGAAGGAAAAACGUCGUGCAGCCUACAGCAGGAAGGGCCUCUCUGGGGGAACUUCAGGAACCAUUGUCACGAUGUCUGACUUCAACCAGAACAACUUCGAUGGGGAGAACUCCCAGGAAAAGUUCAUCAGGCUGACUCACUUUCGGUGGAUUGUGCCUCCCAAUGGAGAGGUGACCUUGCAAAUCCAUUUCUCUUCUACUGACCUUGGGAACUAUGACCAAACCUUUAACUUUGAGCUCCUCGGAACUCGCCGCCAGUACCAGCUCUAUUGCCGAGGGGUCUGCACUUACCCGUACAUCUGCCAAGACCCAAAAGUGGUAUUUCCUCAGAGGAAGAAGGACAUAAAGCCAAAUGAAGUCGUCUUUAAGAAGUAUAUCAUGAGCACGGAGAAGUUUUACUUCGGGCCACUGCUUUGUGGGAAAUCAAGAGAUAAGUACAAAUCAUCCUUGUUUCCAGGCAACAUGGAGAUGCUGACGAUCCUGAACAAUUCUCCAAUGGUGGUGGAGGCGUACUUCUGCUUCCAGAAUGAUGUGAAAGCAAGCACCUACUUUCUAGAGCCCAUCAACAUGAUUCUGAAGCCCAAUGAAAAGCAGAUACUAAAUGUAUGGGCCUACCCUACUGCCAUUGGUAUCUUUGAAGACAGCGUCAUCUGCUGCAUCAAGGAGAAUCCAGAGCCAGCCAUCUUCAAAUUAAACUGCCAAGGGAUUCGCCCAGAAAUUGAGCUGGAACCCAGGCAAAUACAUUUUGACCGACUCUUGCUGCACAGAAAAGAAUCCAAAAUGGUAAUUCUCCGCAAUAUCACACCCCUACCUGUGGCCUGGCGGAUCUCCAGCCUGGAACACGUUGGUGAAGACUUCACCGUGUCUGUGAUGCAGGGAAACAUCCUACCCAAGGAAGAGUUUCGGCUGCAUGUGCACUUCCAACCCUCCAAACCCAUCAACAUCAAGAAGGCCAUUCGGGUGGAGGUUUUAGAUGUAGACAAUCUCGUUGGUGUUGUUCAGAUCGAAAACAUCCUGGUCUUUGCAGAAUCGUAUGAUAUUGCUUUGGACAUCACCUUCCCCAAAGGAGCUGAAGGAGGCCUGGACUUUGGGACUGUGAAGGUCAUGGAGGAAAUAAAGCAACCCCUUCAACUGAAGAACCGUGGGAAAUACGAGAUCAUGUUCAGCUUCUCUGUGGACUCCUUAGGGAUUCUGUCAACAAAUAUAAAUUCUAUGAUCUCAGUCCAACCCAAAAAGGGCUCACUGACCUCAGCAGAUAAACCCACAAGUGUCCAGGUAUACUUCUGUGCAAAAAAAGAGGUGAAGAUUGAGCACCAACCUAUUAUUCGAUGUCAGAUUAUUGAGCCCAGUCUUUCAGAAGAUGAGAUCGUCGCCAGCAUCCCAAUUAAGUUUUCUGUGAAUGCAGUGUAUUCCAAAUUCACCAUCAGCCCCUCCUCCAUCAUCAACUUUGGGGCUUUGAUCUGUGGUACCAAGAAAAGCACCACCUUUACCAUAGAAAACCAAGGCAUUACUGACUUCAAGUACGCCCUCUACAGGUUGACGGGGGAGAGCCCCAUUCAUCAAAAGAAGGCGACCAGCCACAUUGGAAAUACAAGAACCCAAGAGAGUGAGAACUUCUUCAAGACCGGCCCUGCUAAAGCAGCCAAGUUCUCAGAUACUGUCCAGAAAGACAUGAACAUCGCAAACCAAGCCCGCUUCUCCCACGGCAUGUUCACAGUGUACCCAGGAUUUGGCUCCAUCCCUUCUGGAGGACAGCAGGUCAUCACCGUUGACUGUGUGGCUGACCCUGUGGGAAGGUGUGAAGAGUUUCUAGCCAUCGAUAUCUCGGACCGAGACCCUAGAGAACAUCCUGCCGGCAUUCCUUACACUCUGCUUGCCGAAGCAUGUCUACCAGCCUUUGUAACCGACAACAAUGUGUCAAUAUUUGAAGAGCACCAGAUCUGUACCAGUCCCAACCUAUUCCACAUCCUGCAGACUGUACAGAGUGGGGGGCUGUUUGUGGAGGAUGAGAACAAGUUCAUCUUCUGCAAUGUGCUGGUGGGCCACCAGGCCAAGGCUCGGUUCAAAAUCAGCAAUGUGGGAAAGAUCGCCUGUGAUGUCAACAUCUUGGUCAAACCUAUUUCCAACAAGGUAACCGCCCGCAUCAUCGACAUCUUUGAUGUGGAGCCCAACAAGAUGUGUAUUGGGAGUCGCUCACAUGUCUUUACCACAGUGUUGUUCACACCACAGGCCAUGCAGACCUACCAGUGCAUCUUUGAGGCUACCUUGGACGGCUUGCCCAGCAACCUGGCCAGGAGCCAAGGUCUUGUGUUUGAUAUCGUUGGUGAGGGGACCCUCCCUCGAGUGACUGUCGUGCGGCCAACUCUGUAUAACCAACUUGGAAACCCCUUGCUCCUGUUUAAAAGGCUCCUGCUUGGCCAGUCAGAGAAACUGCCUCUCAUCCUCAAGAACAAUGGCACCAUCCCUGCCCAGCUACAUGUGGAUUUGCAGGACCAACUAGGAGUCUUCUCCUUGAAAGGAAAACCCAGCACCUCCUACAUCUACAUCGUAGAGGAAAACAAACCAAAUAAAAAAGCACAAAAAGCCCACACAGCCUCCCUAGUUGUUUCUCCCGGAGACACAGCUGAAUUCGAUGUCUAUUUCCACUCAAAGAAGAUUGGGAGAAUGACUGGCUCCAUCCACUUGUCUGUGAUCAACAACCAAUAUGAAGAGACCAUGAUCCACCUUGUGGGAGAAAGCUAUGAGGAUGACAUCACCUUGGAUAACAUCCACGGGCUGAUGGUUUCCACCAGCCUGGAGGGCUCAGAUAUGUCGGAGGUAAUACAGAUCACUGAAGAAAGUGCCAUGGAAGACUUGGUGGCAGCUGCUCUCUUGGAUCACAUCCAGUUUGGGCACUGCCAUAUUGGAAGCAGCUAUAACGUGAGCUUCACAAUCACUAACCACAGCCAAGUCAAUGUGAUACGGUUCGAGUGGCCCCCUUUAGCUACACUUUCAUUCUCCCCACAGAUGGGCCAUCUCCACCCUGGAUGCUCAAAGGACGUAGUGGUGACCAUGAAGUCAGAUGUGCCCAUCAACCUGAAGAAGAUGGGGGUCAAGUGCAAGCUCUCCAAGAUCAUAUUUCAGCUUCCUACAGACCAGGUCCCUGACUGGGAUGACCGCAUGCGCACAGUCAAGUGGGUGGAUGCACCCCGAAAUACACAUGGGAAUUUGACCACAAAACGGAAGGUGAUAGAGACAGACCCUGAGCCAGCCCACACUGUCCUAGAAGAAAACUACCGAGAACUUCAGAUUCAGAUCAGUGCCAACGUGGAUUUCGCUUCCUAUGAGUGCCAAACGCAUGACGUGUGCUUCAAGGAAACGCUGGUUUACCAGACCCGGGUGUUUGAGUUUGACCUCAUUAACUCAGGCCAUGUGGUACUAGAGUACAACUGGACCUCAGAGGAUACCUCAAAGGCAGUCAGCUUUGCCAUGCCAGAACAGCAAGGUUCCAGUCAUAAAGAUCAGCUUAGUCAGGCUACAGGCAGCACCCUGGACAGCGGCUUGGACCAGUGGACCACCGAUGAAACCCCAUCACCCUUCUCUGUGGAGCCCUCUUCAGGCAUUGUGCCUGUGGGAAAGACUCAGAAGCUCAAACUGAAGUUCUCUCCAGUGGAUACUGGAGAGUUCCAGAGCAACCUGUAUUGCCAGAUUCACAACCUGCCACCUGGAGAGCAAGGUCCAGUCCUGCUAACAAAAGGGCGGAGCAUCUCACCCUUCUGCCAUUUUGACCUGAAAGAUUCAGACUAUAUCAGUGGUCAUCGGCGUAAUCCAGAGCUCCAAGGACCAGGCUCAGGGCCUCUCAAUCCAAAUACCCGAGUGAUAGAGUUCACCAGUGUGGGCAUAGGAGGAAAAACUCUCCGGACCUUUACAAUCCUGAACCCAACUAAUAGCACCUACUCUUUCUGCUGGACCUCUGAAGAAAUAGAAAGUCUCCAGAACCCUCCAGCUUUCACGUGUCUUACAGAAAAGGGUCUCAUCCACCCUGAAAAGAAAGCAGAGAUUGUGUUCCAGUUCCUGCCUUCCCACCUGGACAUCACAGAGGCAUUCUGGACUUUCUCAAUCCCAGAACACAAUAUCUCAGUCCCCUUCCUGCUGAUGGGCAAAACCACUGACCCUCUCAUCUAUUUUGACAAGUCACACCUCAACCUCAGUUCUCUCCUCAUUGGCAGAGAAGCUCGAGAGACUGUGAAUGUCAUCAACAAAGAGGAACAGGGGUUCAGUUUUGCCUUCCAGGACAACUCCCGAUAUUCAGAAGGAUUCAGCAACAGCCUAGUCAUAUGUCCCAUGGAAGGUUGGAUCCCACCACUAUCCAGGUUUCCAAUUGAUAUAUUCUUCACACCGAAGCAGGAAGGAGAUGUGAACUUUAAUGUGGUCUGCAAUGUAAAAAAGAAAGUCCACCCCCUGACACUGAACGUCAAGGCCGAGGGCUACAUUAUGAACGCAGAGGUCAAGUGCCGGGACAGGACAGGUUCCACCAUUGUGUUGACAUCCAACCAGGUCAACAUCAUCAACUUCUAUGAGGUGGAGUUAAAUGAAUGUGUCCAGUGUGAAUUCAUCUUUAUCAACACUGGAAAGUUCAACUUCAGCUACCAGGCAGAACUUUCUGGGUUCAAAUCCCUGUUGCAAUACUUGAGCUUUUCACCCACUGACAACAGUGUGGAUGUGGGACAGUGUGAACACGCCAACCUGUCUUUUCAACCGUAUCAGAAGUGUGUCUUAAAAGGCUUGGAACUCAAAAUCAAGAUCAGCCAUGGCCCAACAUUCAUGUGCAGCAUCAUAGGCUGUGCCGUGAGUCCAGCUGUGCAUUUCUCCUUCACCAGUUACAACUUUGGGACCUGCUUCAUCUACCAAGCUGGGAUGCCCCCAUACAAACAAAUCUUGAUUGUCACCAACAAGGAAGAAACACCUAUGAGGUGUUUUUCUGUCCAGGUCAUCACCUUGGAGCCCUUCCACAACAUCACCCUAAAGCCCAAAGAAGUCUGUAAGCUGGAAGUCACCUUUGCCCCCAAGAGGCGUGUCCCUCCUUUCUCUGAGGAAGUGUUCAUGGAAUGGAUGGGGCUACUGCGCCCCCUCUUCCUCAUCAAGGGCUGCUGCCAGGCCCUAGAGAUCGCCCUCGACCAGGAACAUCUUUCUUUUGGACCUGUGGUAUAUCAAACACAAGCCAUGCGCCGCAUCCUCAUGAUGAACACGGGCGAUGUGGGUGCAAGGUUUAAAUGGGAUGUGAAGAAGUUCAAGCCUCAUUUCUCCAUCAGCCCUGAAGAAGGCUACAUCACCUCUGGCAUGGAAGUUUCUUUUGACAUAACCUACCAUCCCACUGAGGUAGGAAAGGAGAGUCUCUAUAAAAACUUGAUGUGCUUCAUCCAAGGAGGAACUCCUCUGUGCCUCACCCUGUCUGGAAUCUGCGUGGGACCACCUGCAGUCAAAGAGGUAGUGAAUUUCAACUGCCAAGUGCGCUCCAGGCACACGCAGACCAUCUUGCUCUCAAACCGCACCAACCAGACUUGGAAGCUGCACCCCAUCUUUGAGGGUGAGCACUGGGAGGGGCCUGAGUUCAUCACCCUGGAGGCCAAUCAGCAAAACAAGCCCUAUGAGAUCACCUACAAGCCCCGCACCAUGAAUGUGGAGAACCGCAAACACCAGGGCACCCUUUUUUUCCCCCUCCCGGAUGGGACUGGCUGGCUGUAUGCCCUACAUGGGACUGCUGAACUCCCCAAAGCUGUCGCCAAUAUCUGCCGUGAGGUGCCAUGCAAGACUCCCUACACAGAGCUCCUGUCCGUCAGCAACUGGCUGAACAAGCCCCAGAGAUUCCGAGUCAUUGUGGAAAUGGUGAAACCAGAGAAGGCAGACCUAAGCGUUACUCUAAAAGGCCUUGACUACAUCGAUGUACUGUCUGGCUCCAAGAAAGACUACAAGCUGAACUUCUUUUCCCACAAGGAGGGCCUGUACACUGCAAAGGUGAUCUUCCGGAACGAAGUGACCAAUGAGUUCUUGUACUACACAGUGAGCUUCAGGGUCACCCCUUCUGGCAUUAUAAAAACCAUCCAGCUGACCAGCCCAGUUCGCCAGAGUGCAUCAGCCUCCAUCAAGUUGGAGAACCCCCUGCCCUACUCAGUGACCUUCUCCACGGAAUGUAGGGUGAAUGACAUCAGCCUGCCCUCCCAGUUCGCUGUGCCUGCCAACUCUGAGGGAACAUUUGCAUUUGAAUUCCAGCCCCUGAAAGCUGGGGAAACCUUCGGGAGACUAACCUUGCACAACUGUGACUUGGGUUACUACCAGUAUGAACUCAUUCUGAAGGCCUUGCCAGCACCUCCGGAGAAAACUGUCCACUUCCAGACUGUUCUUGGUAGCAGCCAAAGCAUCUUUGCGAAGUUCACCAAUUACACCCGGCAGAAGACAGAGUACUUCUGCAGGGUAGACUGUCCUGACUUCCACACAGAAAGAGUCAUCAAUGUAGCCCCAGGAGCCCAGGGUGGCACUGAAGUCAGCGUGGAAGUUUUCUUUGAGCCCAGCCACUUGGGUGAGACCAAGGGCAUCCUGAGCCUGUCAUCACUUGCAGGUGGCGAAUAUAUCAUCCCCCUCUUCGGAAUUGCCCUGCCUCCCAAGCCCCAAGGCCCCUUCCUGAUCCGAGCUGGAUACAACAUCAUCAUCCCCUUCAAGAAUGUCUUCUUGCACCAAGCAAACUUCUCCUUCAUCGUGGAGAACCCAGCCUUCACCAUCCGGGCUUCAGACUCUGUGCGGCCCAAGAAGAUCAACAACAUCACAGUUUUCUUUGAGGGAAACCCAUCAGGCAACAAAACACCUAUCACCACCAAGCUGAUUGUCACCUGCCUUCAUUGUGAAGGCUCUGAAUCUGGAAUUAAAUGGGUUUAUUAUCUGAAGGGGAUCACCCCUUAGUGAUACCAAGGUUACAACUGCAUCAACUAAAUGCCAUCUUCUCAGCCUAAGAGCUGUGUGCCCUGUCUGUUCUAACAAAGACUAGACAAGAAAAUGAGAAUUUUCCAAGGA